GCCGAAUGACAUUCGACAGCAUCGCAGCGCACAAGAGGGUAUGACAACAGAUAGAAUGCAUCAGCAAAUUCAUUGGAUCAUCCAUCGCGUUUGCUGCAGUCGGGAAAAUCGGGAAACCGGCUGGAUAAUGCCAUUGAAACUGCGCCAUUGAAGGACCCCUGACCUGGCGGAGCCGCCAGGUAUGCAUUGGUUCCGCUUUCAUCGGUGAUUGUGAUGCCUUUGUGCCCUGCCGACGCACAGAUCACCGUACCACCAUUGAGGCAUGGCUGCAGAUGUACAGGAGGCAGCCAUGUCAAUGGCCGACAUGAAGCAACGUCAUGCCAAGGUAAGGAUCCGCCGCCGUUCAGCUCAUUGUGCUCUCAGCCUUUGUUUGCGUCGUGUGUCAGAUAGCAGGUCUGAUGACCCGCCUGUCGGAGUUGGAGCCCUCGGCUCUGUCCUCACAUGUAUGCAGGCAACGAAACACCCGUCCACAUCUUACAAAUGCAUGCAUGUCGUCCGUGGAAGGAUUGAUUCCUGCAGAGUUGCUGGCGUUGCAUGAAGGUAGCGCUGGAGCAGUUCACCAGCCUAGAGGCCACGCUGACCACCCUCGUAGAGUCGGCCACCCACCCCCAGCCGCAGUCUGCUGACACACAGGUACUCACAUAUUUGAUGUCUGUAACGGAACUCGCAUCUUUCGUGGAUAUGUUCUGCAGCUCGCCACCUUCCCUCGGGCCCGCCUGUCGGAGAUCGGUGGUCCUGAGCAGUCUCUCUGUCGGCGGCUGACGGACGCCAUCGACCGCGCUGGGCUCAAGGGCGUGAUCCGAUUUGCCCCACAGCUGAGCGACACCCAUAUGGUGACAGCACUGUGGCUGAUGGAGGAGGGCGGCAGGUGGAGCGAGGUGGCCAAUGGGCUGAGAUAUGCGCGACAGCUGGGCUGUUGCCGGCUACCCGUCACUGUCGAUGCUGUAGACCUGCGGAAGCACGCGACCAAGGCGGUGAGAGGCACACGAGACAACGCCACCUCACAUGAUGGAGUGUCUACAUCAAUGUGUGCACCUGUCUGUCAUGCACGCAGGACUAUCUGUCCAUGCCUAGAGUGCUGGCUCAGUGGAUGGUGGUGGGUCGGCACGUCGUCUUUCGCCGCGCCGAUGGCCGGCAGGACGGCAGCUUCGAGCUGUUCCGGCACGGCAACCAGAUCCGCGCCGUCCGAGACAAGCCGGGAUUCGCCAUCAGCUGCAGUCCUAGGUUUCCCAGGUUUGAGGUGCAUCCCUUGUCCCCGCACCCCUUCCAGCAGCACAUGAAGCACGACGAUCCCCCGAUACAUUAUGCCCUCUUUUUUCGCCACGACACCGGGUGGGCGACGGAUGGCGGGGAGUGGCUUGAGGCCUCGACUAGCAGCUGGAUCAUGGCCACAAUCGGCAGUGCUCUUGACAGUAACACGCGGGUCCGCGGGCGCCAUGGCGUCAGGCUCACUCGGUAUGUACGGCAGACAGUCAGCAAGUGGCAGGCUUGUUCCCUCCGUGUCUCUGUCACUGCGUGCCUCUGUAUGUGUCAGGGUAAGUGGAGGUAUUUUGGACGGUUUGUUCACCCACCGAUCGCCUCACGUGCCGCUGGACGGGUGCGUGGCGGUCUCGACUAUGGAGGAGUACCAUGGAGGCAACGCGCAGGAACACCACCUGCUGACGGCGUUUGACGACCCCUUCAUUGCAGAGCUGAGCUUCUCGCCUUGGGGAGGCAAGGAGUCUGAGAGGGGUGAGAAAAACAGGCAUGAUAGACACGGACAGGACACUCAGAUGACUAUCUAUGUAUGGCUUGCAGUACGCUGUGUGGUGGUGACGACGGAGCCACCAGUGGGCGGUGAGAACGGGCCCUUUGAAGAGCGGUAUCCGCGCACAGCAGCCUUGGUGAGGAGGGCACUUGGCCCCCUUGCCGAAUCCUUCUUCAAUGGGCCUCCUGAUUGAUGAGAGGAAAGUGGGGGUGAGUGAGUGCGCGCGGGGCCAGCCAUUGGCUUGCGUCUGGGUACAAUACAUGUACACC